UCUGUGACGCCAUCUUGAAUUUGAGAAAAGUUGUAGUUUGGUUGUCGUUGGUAUACAGCUUUGCGAUACUCUUGCAAGUGUCUAGUCAUGUAAACCUGAUUAAAAAUUAGAUUAAUUUUCCGACCAUGGGGAAGUACAGUUCAGACGAGGAUCGAAGAAGAUCGCGGAGAGACCGCGAUGAAAGGCGACGUCGUUCGCGAAGCCGAUCAAGAACUCGGAGUCGUUCAUCAGGAAGACGGCGAAAGGACUAUCGGCGAAGAUCACGAAGCAGGGACAGCGGGCGACGAAGGAGCAGAGACAGUUACGACAGCAGAAGCUCCAGACACAGAAGGCAACAUCGUAGCUCUAGCAAGUCACGAAGGGAUAGACAUCGCAGAUCACGGAGUCGUUCAAGAAGCAGAUCUCAAGGACGGAGAUCACGUUCAUCCCACAGGAGCGGCCGAAGAAGAAGUAGAGAUAGAAAAGUGUCAAGUGCUUCAAGGUCGUCAUCAAGAUCAAGGUCCUCAAGCCGCGGCAAAGGUUCUGCUAAAGAUAUCCAAAGAGAUGUCAAUAAUGACAUUAAAGACACUCCACCCUUCAUUCCAAGUGCUGAUGCUCUUGCUAAAAUCGAAAGUGCGGGUUUUGCUCCAGAAACGUUUGUAUCAAAUAAUUUAAGCAAAGGUGAAAAUGGUGACUCGGCGCUUAAUUCCCAUGAAAGAAGUCAUGAAGAUGCGAUGUUUGGGAAAAGCGGUGAUCAUGUAUCAAGAAUAACUGAUGUCAAAUCAAAUGACAACCAUGUGCAAUCGACAGAAAAGGAAAGUGGGGUCAUGGCAUCGAUAUUGCAUGAACGGGAGGACGUGAAGAAUAACAGAUGGAUGAAGAAACUGCAGUCAAUGAGGGAAAAAAAGUUAUCAAACACUUGAAAAUUAUUUGCGUACCUCUGUUCCUAUGUGUGUACACGUAAUGACGUUCAGGACAGAAGGAAAUUAUCCGCACUUUCUAAAAAGAUGGUACUCAAAAAGGAUCCACUGGUGAAAGGGAAAGUCGGUGAAAUAGAAUGACGAUACAUAUCUUCGAGUAGCUGAAGUUAGUUAAACAGCAACAUUACAUAAUAUGAAGUUCAUCGUUGCGGUUGGAUGGGAAAAUAAUCCACUAAAAGUCCGAUGUCAAACUUUAUGACGUGGUGUAAAUUGACUGAAAGGUGGCUCGCGGGCUAUAUGCUCCUGCUUCAGCAAAAGGAAUUCAGCCAAUCAUCAUGGAUCUCUCUCUAAAUCGAUUAGUUAACUUUGACCAAUUUAAAUAAUGGCUAAUAAGCAUAAAAAUGUAUAAUGUUUUAGAUACUACUUAGUGAGUUACCUUGUGUAGUAACUGUUAUUAACACUCACCCCAGUAUACAGGUCACAAGUGCAAAACUCAUGCAACAUCUUUUUCAAAACUGUUUGGUUCCAAUU